AUCAUGUUCAAGAUGUUUAUACAACUCCCUCCAUGGCUCCUUAAUGCAUGCUACUGACCAUGGGGAGCUGCGAAUGGACUGGAACAGCACUUCUGAGUUUUCCCAGUAUGGCUGGAGGUGUACCACCAAUGAAAAUGAUUACUCAUUGAAAACCCUUAUGGGGAGCUGGAAUGAAGAACGAUACCAUAUCCAGACAAUUGUGCACCCCAAGCCAUUUCCUUCCCAUUUUUCUUUUCAGUAUACUCACUGCUUUGAAACAACAUAUUCUUCAGGAUUUAAAUGAGAACCUCAUUGGUUUCUGGGCCACUAUUCUGAGUUGGAAGCUCCUUCAUUCAACCCAACUGCUCAGUUCUGCUCCACAUUAGACUACAGGCCUCCAUAUGGCAGCAUUUUCUUUGCUUGCAGGUGA